AUGACUUCCGAUCACUUCUCCACGACCAUUCGAGAGCGCAUUGAAGCCACAGCCCGAGCCUUCUUGUCAGCCUACGAAGAAGGCGGGGCCCAGGGCGAUGCCUCCAUCAUCAACCGGGAUGUGACGGCCGACUGCAGCCGGUACCUGCUUCCCGCGUCCGAGCUUUUUGCGAAGGAUAUCAAGGUGUUGAAGUUCACCAACAACGUCAUGGCGAACUUGAUCAUCGAUACCGAGGCCCGCCGGGCUGCUUUCACAUCCAUCGCAGAGGUGCACUCCGUCGGCGGAGAGACGUACCCAGCGGAACUCGCUUGGUACUUGUACUUCAACGAAGACGGGUCUAAAGUUAAGAAGGUGGUUGAGUUCUGCGACAAGGACGUUAUCUUAAGGAUGGCAAACACGUCUGCCUAG